AUGGAGGCCCCUAUGAAUGCAAGCUGGAGCUUCAAGUAUCUGCUGAAAAUCAGGCCUGAUGUUGCUCACCUCUUCCUGGGCCAGGUUCGUGAUCUCAGUACGAGGUAUAUAUGGGAAGAAUUACACACCUCUGCCCCCAAGGUUGCUUGUCACCAUUUGGUCUGGUUCUCUGGACGUAUCCCCAAUCACAACAUUAUUAUAUGGAUGACCAUACUGAACAGGUUGCCUACUCGGGUUAGGCUCUUGCGAAUGGGCUUAGCCAUUGAAUCUGACAGAUGCUUACUAUAUGACAACGAGGCAAAUACAAAAGAUAACCUCUUCUUUGAAUGUCGAUUUGCUAAGGAACUGUGGGGUUCCAUUAUGGAACUGUGCUGCAUCUCUCGUGAAGCUAGCAGCUGGGAUGAAGAAUUGGUUUGGGCUUCUCUUCUACUCAAGGGCAAAUCUCUCAUCGUGAGAAUGCUUAAACUUGCUUGGACUAGUCACGUUUACAGCAUAUGGAAGGAAAGAAAUAGCAGAUUGUUUAGGAGUAUAGCUAUAUCAAAGGAAGAAGUGCUAGAAGACAUUAAGGAGGCCAUCUGA